AUGUUCAGCCCCAACCCUUCGAAAAAGCCGAUGAAGAGCUGUAUGAAAAAGUGUGACAGCUCCAUGUCGUGCUCGUCGACAUCCCAGACGGUUUCUCUGGGGUACAAAAACACCAGCACGGCGUGCUCAUCUUCGUCGGUGGCCACGGACUUCUCCGUGUCGUCCUGUGAGUCUUCCCAGAUGGACAGUCCGUUAUCGUCAUCCGUUUUUUCGUCCCAUAGCACCGUUUCACCCGACUACAUCACCGCCUAUGGCACCAUCACUCCUUCCAUGCACAGCUCGAGUCUCGGCAAGUCUCUGAGCGAUCUGGAGUUGAGCAAGAGCCACCAUCAUCAUCAAGUGGUCGAGACGGAGGAUAGCGACGACACUUUUGAGACCCAGUUUGAAUGUGAGGUGGAAGUGGAGGCCGAGGCAGAAGCCGACGCCGAGGAGGAGGAGCAGCAGCAGCUGCAGGCGGCCAAAAUGGCGCAGCCCGUGACGUCCAAGUAUCCGUACACGUCGUACAGCUACGAGCCGCGGGUGUUUGAGAGUCUGUGUGACGAGAUUGAGCAGGACAACCGAGGUCGAACCGUGCGCCGAGACCAGAAGCGGUACUCAUACCAGCAGCUGUGCCAGCUGAGACAGCAGUUGGAGCUGCUGGAGCGGGCGCGAAUCGCUGGAUUGAAGGGUGGCCCGUUGGACCUGCAUGAUGUUCGGGAGAUGAUUGAUAAGAUGAGGGAGUAG